GAGCGGAGGCCGAGCCGCGCAGCCCCAGUCCGCGGAGACAUGAGCGCGCGGCCGCCCACCGCACCCCAGGCGCAGUGGCCGGGCCACGCCGCCCAGUGAUGGGAUCCUGCGUGUCGCGAGAUCUGUUCACAAGUGCCCACAAAAACUGCCCCAGACCCCAGGGCACAGACAUCCUGAACCAGGACCUGCCCUCCAGCCGCCCACCCGCCAUUGUUCCGGACCAUGUUGCUGGCAAGGACAAGCAGAUGGAUUUCUGUUGGGAUCCUUGGCAGAGGUGCUUCCAGACCACCAAUGGCUACAUAUCUGAUUCUAGAGCCUGCCCCAGCAACUACAGCGUGGCUGCCCUGGCCACUUCAUCCCUUGUGGGGGUGGUGCAGAGCGUCAAGGACCACAUCACAAAGCCCACGGCCAUGGCCCGUGGCCGAGUGGCCCACCUCAUCGAGUGGAAAGGCUGGAGCGCCCAGCAGUCAGGCUGGGAGCUGUCCCCAGCAGAGGACGAACAUUACUGCUGCCUCCCGGACGAGCUGCGUGAAGCACGCUUUGCUGCAGGGGUUGCUGAGCAGUUUGCCAUCACAGAGGCUACUCUGAGUGCCUGGUCCUCUCUGGAUGACGAAGAACUGCAGCCCGAGGCCAGUACCCAGGGUGCCUUCCAACUCCAAGACCUCGAGAACAUCUACCUUCAGGACAGCCUCCUGAGCGGCCCUUCACAGGACGACAGCCUCCUAGCCUGCUCCCCUGGCCUCACCCUGGACGAUGGCUGGCCCUCACCAGAGGAGCCCCCAAGUCCCACCCAGCAGCACCGGCAGCGGCUGCCAGGGGCCCAGGGGCCCGAUGGCGGGGCCCACCUGCAUGGCUCGCUGCCGUCAGUGGACAGUGGCUCUCUUUCAGAAGAGGAAGAUGAAGUGUUUUAUAACUGAGGCAAAGCUGGUCAGUCCAUUGUCUGCACACCCUGCUGGGAUCCCAGCUGUACCAGUGUACCACGGGGCAUCUCUGGACUCCUCAGUACAAACACAGGGUGGAGCGUGGCAGGGAUGGUGGCCGUUACUCCUGUGGACUGCCAGUGCCUCCAUGGACCUGCCAACAGCCUGCUCCAAGACUCUAAGCAGACACCAGGGCAACCAGCCCCAGGAGAGAUGACAGUCAGGCCCCCAGGAGGAUACCACGGAAAGAUUAAGAGGAUUGUUUGGAGGGGGUCUGGGGAGACAACCUCGACCUGGGCUCAGCCCUCCCCAUUCAGACUGGGUACCUGCCUCAUGGAAGGUGGGACCGUUUCUCCUGGACUCUCUUCAGUCUCUGGACUGUCUGUCUGUCCUUCCUCUUACCUGGUUCCUCUGUGACCACCCUCCAUGCUCCCCAGACAAGAGGACCUACGUCUCCUCCCUCGCCCCCCCGCCCCCCCUCCCACAGGGUUCUCUGGUAACAUUAAAGUAGUGUGUUCACCC